UGUGCAACCAGUAAAACAACCGCGUAGAGAGUGGAGACGUUAAAAAACGUCACAUGAGAUUUCCCGGAACUCUGAACUUUUCCCAUUUUCUUAUUCAGCGUCUGUACGAGCUGCUCUGAAGAGGAAAACUUCACACUUCAUGUCGAUGCAGAGUUGGUGCUGAGUGUCAUUAUGAGAUGUCGUCUCCAAGUGCCUCCUUCGUGCAAAUCAAGUUCGAUGACAUUAUCUUCUACGAGAACUGUGGCGGCGGCAGCUUCGGGAGUGUGUACCGAGCCAGGUGGAUCUCCCAGGACAAAGAGGUGGCGAUAAAGAAACUGCUCAAGAUUGAAAAUGAGGCUGAAAUCCUGAGUAUCCUCAGCCACCGUAACAUCAUCCAGUUUUAUGGCGCGAUUGUUGAGGCUCCCAACUAUGGAAUUGUGACCGAGUAUGCGAGCGGUGGAUCGCUGUAUGAUUACCUGUCCAGUCCCGAGAGUGAGGAAAUGGACAUGGGCCAGAUCAUGACGUGGGCUGCAGAGAUUGCCAGAGGAAUGCACUAUUUACAUUCAGAGGCCCCCGUUAAGGUGAUCCACCGUGACCUGAAGUCCAGGAAUGUUGUUGUGGCAGCAGACAAGGUUCUUAAGAUCUGUGACUUUGGGGCAUCCAAGUUCCUGACCCACACAACACACAUGUCCCUGGUGGGCACGUUUCCCUGGAUGGCUCCGGAGGUGAUCCAGAGUCUGCCUGUAUCUGAGACCUGUGACACUUUCUCCUUCGGUGUGGUGCUUUGGGAAAUGCUCACCCGUGAGAUCCCCUUCAAAGGCCUGGAAGGUUUACAAGUGGCCUGGCUCGUGGUGGAGAAAAAUGAGAGGUUAACCAUCCCAAGUGGCUGUCCUGCCAGCUUCGCUGAGCUCAUGAGGAACUGCUGGGCAACAGACCCAAAAGAAAGGCCAAUGUUCAAGCAGAUCCUCUCUACUUUGGAGUCCAUGUCUAAUGACAGCCAACUUCCUCAACAGUGCAACUCUUUCCUUCACAACAAGGCUGAAUGGAGGUGUGAAAUUGAAGCAACACUUGAGAGACUUAAGAAGCUGGAGAGAGAUCUGAGUACCAAAGAGCAGGAGCUGAAAGAGCGUGAGCGCCGUUUAAAGAUGUGGGAGCGCAAACUCAUUGAACAGUCCAACAGCCCGUUGCUGCCCACCCUUGACAUCUACACAUGGACAGAGGAGCAUGUGUAUUUCUGGAUGCAGCAAAUGUUUGGCGCAGGGGAGGGCACGUGUGGCAUGCAACUGUAUGCAGACCUAUUUAAAGAAAAUCAUAUCACUGGAAAGAGGUUGCUGUUGCUGACAGAAAAUGACAUGCGGGACAUGGGGGUGAAGUCCAAAGGUCACGCUAUGCACCUCAAGUUUGAAAUUGAAAAGCUAACGAACGAUUACCUCGGGUUAGUCCACUUCCCACCUCUGCUGAAGGAUGAGGUGGAAAAAGAAGUGGAGAGGAAUAAAAUCAUAAAUCUGGAGCUGGUGUUUGGGUACCACUGGAAACCAGGAACUGGGAAGUCUGACUGCAAAUGGAAAAUGUACAUGGAACUUGAUGGAGAUGAUGUCGCAGUAACCUACAUCAAAGAUGUCAUCUUUAAUGCCAACCGGCAGGAUGUUGAAAUCCUGCGGAUGACUAAGCCUCCUUUUGUGAUGGACAAAUGGAUCGUUGGAACACAGCAGAACCAGAAAGUGGACUACACGGUCAACUAUGAGAAUGAUGUCAAGUCACCAAAGUCUACCAGAUACAGCAGCCCAGUGACGUGGAGUCACAGUGGGGGACAAGAUGAGAUCAAAACAGUGGAGCUGGUCAUCGAAACAACACCGGCUAACAUUGACUACAGCCCCAUGGACAAGUCUAACUCUGGCAUUGAUCCCACAUGGAUGCACAACGUAAGGCAGAGGCAGCUGAUGACCCAGAAAUCCCUGAAGACGACUGCUCCUCUGACUGCCUUCACUAGCUCUGACGCCUGCACUCUGCCUCAGUUCCUGUCUGCACAUGAGAGCCAGGGGUUUUCUUAUGCUGCAGCUGUGCGCCGCUCUCCAAACCGCGUUCGUGUAUCGCCUUGGAAUGACUCACGGAGCUCUUCGCCAACUACCAGCCUGUCGGCCAAACUCUCCUCGCUUCAUCUUGGGUCAAAGGGCAGCAGCCCCUCCAGCACCACGUCAGAGAGCACCUCAGAGAGGGAACGGGAGCGCCCACUCAGUGCCGGAGUGGUGCAAGAUCAUCGCAGAAACCGCUAUUUUGGUAACACAUUAACUGUGGGAGAGGGGCAGGGUAGGGGGCACGCAUGGACCAAUACUAGAGGUAACUAUAUUCAUAAUAAAACCAGCAAAACCUCACGACAGCCAGGGAGGCCACGGUCCAACAGUUACAGUGUCACACCACAGAACCGCCCCUCCAUGAUACCAGGUAUAUUGUCUGUGACAGAAAGCCCCAGCGAGGAAAAAGAUGGGGCCAAAGCCAGUGAAGGAGGGUGGAUCAAAGUGGAGCGACAGAAAAGAUUACCACGUCAGGACAAUAAACAAGUCAGAGGUCGACCGAGGAGAGGGGGCAGGGGAGGGCGUGGAGCUGGAGCUGGUGGAAGAUCUUAAUGUGGGACACACAUGAACUGACAGCCUCUUGACAUGUCAUGAGCUGGAAAGGUUUUACAUUAGAAUUAUGUCUGCAUACAAAAAUGAACUGCUUGUGGUAAAAGAAUUACACUGAUAUUGAUGAUGUAUAUAUGUACGAACAUAAGGUUUUAUUUUUUAGAAACUGGCUCCUGUCAGAUUGAUAUAAAUGAUUUAUUAUUAUUAUAAAAUUGGACAAUUCAGUCCCCAUUAUUUACUUUCUUUCUUCCAUUAAAUAGCAGAUUGCAAUUUAUUUAUCAGCUUGCUUUCUCUGAAGAAAUCAAGUAAACCUUUUUAAUAUCCAUAACUAAGAAAAUAUUAACAUUUCUCCAAAUCUAUACUUUCUGAGUUGCCUCAUUAAUGUCUGUCUUUCUUUGGAGUACGUUUGGCACAGAGAUAUAGAAUGAUGAUGAUUAUGAUGAUGAUAAUGACAAGAAUGGUCAUACAAGAUAAGAUGAGAUAUGCCUUUAUUAAUCCACAGCAGGAAAAUUUGGUUGUUGCAGCAGCAAAAGAACAUAAGUAUAGAGAAAGUUAAAAAUAUUUAAAAAAUAAGAAAGAUUAUGAAUAUCUAAAUAAUAACAGAAAUUAUAAGGGAGAGUGUAGAAGAGCAAUAAGAACAAGCGUCAGAAAUACUUGAUUGUUGUUGAUUUAAACAUUGAUGUUACUUUCGCUAUGAUGCAAAGCAUAAGAAAUCAUAAGAAAGCAGAAAUAAGUGGUAUGAAGAAAAUGCAUUAUUAUAAAAUGUUUAACACUAAUAUGUAAAAAUAUUAAGAAUUUUAAAAAUAUAUAUGUUAAGUAUGUAAUGUGAGUAAUACAGACAAAAAAUGACAAGGCAAACAUGACAGUGGCUGGAUGUGAUUAGAAGCACCAAUGUUAGCAAGGUAUAGAUAGGCCUAGUUUAUGAUAGAAACAGCAUACACCAGACCAAUAAUGUUAUAAAGUAAUAUUACUCAGUGUUUGUCUAUAUAUUAAUAUAAUGAUGAUGAUGUACAGCAUAACAGCAUAACAUUAACAUUGUAAUAUAGUAGGGCAAAUAAGAUAUAGCAUGAGUACAUUUUACUAGUGCAAACCUUUUAGUCUCAUGUGCCCCACCCUUGUUUUUAUGUUCAUACUUCAUAUCCACUUCCUGUUGGCAUCAUCCUGUUUUUGUCUUAUCUAAUUUUUAUUUUCAGUGUUAAGUGCCAUCUUUUCUUAUUAUUCCCAUUUAUUCCACUUUAUUAAAUUAAAUUCUCAUAUA